UGUCCAAACAAGAAACGUGAUAAGUACCGCGAUAAUAAGGCGUUCCAUCCUACAUGCUUACUGCCUCUGCCAGCAUCCUACUGUCUGAAAAAACACCAAGGACAUUUCACUAAAUGUCCAGAACUCCAGUUGACAGAGUUUGAAGGUUCUACCAAGGAUGUCAACUGUGGAGCACAUACAGGAUGCAGAGCACACUGAUGACGUAUCACCAUGGCAACGCGUACCGCUCAACAUCACUUGAAUGAGAUUGUACCUGACACCGUUAAUUGUAAAGAGCGCCACCUGUUGUUUGGUUAUCGAUCAAGAUUAUGCAGCAGAUAAUGCAGCGGUAGGCUAUAUAGGCCUGUACGUCAGCUUUGAAAAUGGAGUUGAGGCCAGACAGACAGGGGGCAUAGGACUGCAUAUUUGCUCUCAGAGUUACUUCUACAACGACGAUAUAUUCAACUACAACUAUGCGCAGGCCAAAGCCACAGCAGGCAACUACAAGGAAGCAGAGGAGAUUUUUGUGCUCAUUCAGAGUGAGAAGAUCAAGAAUGACUACACGUGUCUCUGGUUGGCAAGAUGCUACAUCGUGAAUCCUAAGGCCAGACUAGCCUGGGAGUUGUACCUUAAGAUGGAGACGUCUGGCGAAUCGUUCAGCCUGCUGUAGCUCAUUGCCAACGACGGCUUCAAGAUGGCCAGUUCUACUAUGCGACCAAGGCUUUCGAUGUCCUGGAAAGAUUGGACCCCAAUCCUGAAUACUGGGAAGGCAAGCGAGGGGCGUGCGACUGGGCGUAUUCCAGCAGAUCAUAGCUGGUCAUGAACCAAGAGAAACACUGCGAGACAUCCUCCAAAUCUUGCGCAACACCGGUUACCCACAGGUGGAAUACAUCAUCCGUGUCAUGAAGAAGUGGGCCAAGGACAACAGGGUACCAGUUUCCUGAGGUGGUCCCUAUCCUAGUCUUGAGAUUGUUUAAAUUUGUACAUUCCAAAAACCCUUGCUUGCAAAGGGAUUUUCCAAAAAUAAAAUAAUGGAACGAUACUGUUGAUUAGGGGUGAUUUAAUUAUUCUUGACGCAUGGGAAAUUUGCCUUGAAAUAUUUCUCUGUUUAGCUUUGGCAAGAUAG